UUUUCUAGUUUUGGAGAAGCUAAUGCUGAGUUUUGGUUGACUUCUCUUCCUUUUUAAUUUGUGUUUCUUUGAAGAGUUCAAAACUGCUUAAUAAUUCUUAUAAAUAAGUCACUUAGCAACAUAACAUAUGAAAAAUGCCUACAAAUGCAAUAUAUAAGGCUUGCUUUUGAGGCUUUGGAUCAUAUAGCUCCUCCUAGUCUCUUUUCUAUUUAAAUCAAGUCUCUCCAAAGUUAGGAAAAUGAAUUCAGAUAAACGCACGUUCCUAACUAUCUCAGCCACUUUCUUUUUAUUUAUGAUUUCUCUAACAGCGGCUUUCGACUCACUGGACCCGGAUGGAAAAAUCGAAAUUAAAUGGGAUGUCAUGUACUGGACUGCAGAUGGUUAUGUGGCAACUGUGACUAUAACGAACUUUCAAAUGUAUCGACAUAUCACGAGCCCCAGAUGGACCUUGGGAUGGGUAUGGGCAAAGAGAGAGGUCAUCUGGUCGAUGCAGGGAGCCGAAGCUACUGAUCAAGGAGAUUGUUCCACAUUUACAGAAACUAUGCCACACAGUUGCAAAAGAGAUCCAUCAGUGGUUGACUUACUUCCAGGUGCUCCUUAUAACAAACAGGUAGCUAUGUGUUGCAAAGGUGGUGCUUUGACAUCUUGGGGACAAGAUCCUUCAUCUGCUGUCUCUGCCUUCCAAUUGACUGUUGGUCGUUCCGGUAGUUCGAAUAAAACAGUGAGACUUCCCAAAAAUUUCACCUUGUAUGGUCCAGGGCUAGGUUACACAUGUAGCCAGGCAAAGAUUGCUCCGUCAUCAGCUUUCUAUUCAUCAGAUGGUCGACGAAAAACUAAUGCAUUGAUGACUUGGAAUGUGACAUGCUCUUAUUCACAGUUUCUUGCUUCUGAAACGCCAACCUGCUGUGUCUCCAUGUCAUCUUUCUAUAACUCAAAAGUCACUCCUUGUAAAGCAUGUGCUUGUGGCUGCCAAGACAGAACGGCAUGUAUCCUGACUGAAACAGAUCUUCAAAGCAUAAUGGCUACUACAAAUGACAAUGCUCCAUUGCUGCAAUGCACGACACAUAACUGUCCAAUUCAAGUCCAUUGGCAUGUUAAGGAAAACUACAAGGGGUAUUGGCGGGUCAAGAUAACCAUCAACAAUCUCAACUAUCGAUUUAACUAUUCACAAUGGACUCUUGUCGUUGAACACCCCAAUUUCAACAACACAAUGGAAGUUUAUAGCUUUGUUUAUAAGCCACUCACCCCCUUCAUCUCUAAGAACGACACAGCUCUGUUCCAUGGCAUAAAAUCUUUCAAUGAUGUGCUACUUCAAGCAGGGCCAAAUGGAAAUGUCUACUCAGAGAUGAUAUUUCAGAAGGAUUCAACAUUUACAUUGGAACAGGGUUGGUCUUUCCCUCGAAAAGUUUACUUUGAUGGAGAUGAAUGUGUGAUGCCAUUUCCUGAUUCUUACCCCUUCCUACCCAACUUAGCUAAUGCAAAUCCAAUUCUAUUGUCAACACUAGCUUGCAUUUUUCUUCCCAUUUUUCUUACAUUUUUAUCUUAAAACUGAAGCUCAACAGCAAGGGUAGAAGAUCAGUUCCUUUUCCAAGGAAAGUAUAAUCUGGUCUAACAGAACAUGAAAUCAAUUAAAUGUCAAUACUAGAAAAUCAGAACUAUGUAUUUCUUGAAACUUCAUUCCAUGUGAAAAUGAUCGAUUUCAUUACUUCAAGCCAUUCCCCCAGUUACAUACAGUUUCAAGCUUGACCAAACUGGAAACUGACCUUCCUGCUAAAAUAAAAUAAAUCAAGGACAUUUCUUUAUUCCUACUACCUAGUGUUUCUUUGUCCGAUUCUCAUGGGUUUCGUGUAAGAACAACAAAUCCUCCUGGGCUACCAGUGAAAGUUGUACAAUACAAUUGUUUUUGUAUAAAGAAUAGAUUCAGUAGAACUAGCAAACAGUUGAUAUCACACUCAAAUACCAAAAGUUUGAAACCAUUUUCUUUCACUUAGUUAGAAUUCAUACAAACGUAAUUCUAAUCCUAACAAAUCAAAAACCAUAACCAUAUUUGAAAAUCGCAAAUGCCAAGAAAAAAAAAAACAAGCAGGAAAUUAGGGGGGGAAAAUCAAAACA